AUUGUUUUUGUUGAUCUUACGAGCCCCUUCUUCGGUCUUGGUAUUUUUACAAAAACAAUGUUUAAAGAUGUUUACAAAAGAAUUCUUUUUUUUUUUUGAAGAAGGUGGUUUAAAUUGGCAUCACAGCAUUCAGAUAGAGUAAACAGACAAAAGGACCACAAUUAACCAUCAGUCCUCAAACCAUACUUAGAGUCAAAGUAGCAAUAUGACUCGUUGAUCCUGUAAUUGGCAUAAAUGAGCCAAAGGCGGUCAAGGCAGACCUCCCAUCAUCCAAUCAUAAAUAGAACAACAACAUGCAGUUUGAAAUAAAUAAAACAAACAAAAUAAAACGGAAUUAAAAUAGAGAUCACCCGUUUUCUUUCCAACCCUAGAUUGUCCAGCACUCCAUGCAGUGAUGGACCCGGGCCGGGCCGGGCCGGUCCGGUUCGGGCCUAGGCCCGGGCGGGCCGGCGGUUCAGGAUUAGUGGACCCGGGACCGGCCCGGGUAGCCACCGGGUCCGGGCCGGGCCUCCGGUUUGGGUAUUUUUUUUUGCUUUCCUAACUCUCCCCUCACCCCCCAAACCCCUCGUAGCCAUCAAGCCCAACCCGGGUGGAACCCCAAAAAAUGAAAAGAAAAAAUCAAUUUGGCCUGGACCCAGGCCCAACCCGGCCAGGCCGUUUCACCAAAAGUGAGACCCGAGCCCGGACCCCCCCCCCCCCGGGCCUAGGCCCGACUCGGACCCGGACCCGAGAACCGGUCCGGUCCCGGACCCGGGCCGGUCCAUGGGUCGGGUGGCCCGACCCGACUACCCGAGUCCACCACUAACUCCAUGGUUGCGGUUCAGGAGGAGACGAGCCAGUAGUACUGUAGCUUCUUCCAGACCACGUAUCUUAUUCAUCAUGUUCUCUGUCAAGUCUCCACUUUCGUCACCAAUCACAUAUGACCUUGAAACCAUAUCGGUUCCAUCUUUUAACCUCAAGAUUCGAGCCUUCAUUCAUGACCUUGAUGUCAUCCUCUCGCUAUUGCUGUCUCUGAUUCUUGUUUGCACCAAGAAACUCGUCACAUGGGAAAAGCCACAAAUCGAAAAGCCGCCCAAUUGAUCAGAUCGGCGGAAGAACUGAAACUCUAACUAGAGGGAGACCACCGGUGCUUCGUAUUAUUUCAUCAGAUAGAUAUGCACAAUUUCAUAUCUCACUACCUCGAUACUCCUUGCGUCUAGCAGCAACCUCCUCACGGGAGUCGCAGCACUCCCAGAAACUCCCGUUUAGAAAAGAAUUCUAAAAAAGUUUUUGUUCAUUUGUUGAUUUAUUCUCUAUUCUCUCUCUCUUUUUUUUUUUUUUUGAAAAUAUCACUGUUGGAUUCAAAGGUUGUGCAGACGCCCCAUGUUUUUUGUUCAAAUGUUUGAAAAACAAUAAAAACUUUUGUUUAUAUAUGCACUUUUUUAAUAAAAAAUAUUUGUGGGGCUGUUGAACCAAACAAAUAAAAAAAGAAAUGAAAUUGGUAUUUGUACACGCCAUUGGAAACGAUGGUAUUUUGUUUGUCAAGAGACUAUUUUGUCCAUGUAGAGACAUUUUUUCAUUUUAUAGGGAAGGGUAAUUCUAU